AUGUUUCACCAAAGACACGGGUCAGGCUGUGGCCGGUUCAAGCUGGCCCUUUCACAUUGCAGGACACCAACGAAGGAGAUUGCUCUGCUCGAGGAGCGCAUGGAAGAGAGGUAUGGACCAGCAAACACAUCGUCAGGUUCAUUGAGGCGUUUGACACCAGGUUGGGGAGAGCCAUGGUGUUUGAACUGUUGGACCAUGAGUUUGUGGGACCUCGUGGACAAAUAUGAUCUUCUGCCUCUGUCGGACAUCUUCAGCAUUGUGCAACAGGUGGCCACAGCGUUGGACGUGCUCAGAGAGCGCUCCAUGGUCCACUCUGACCUGAAGAUGAACAAUGUGAUGGUGGUGAACCAUACUCAGAGGCCUCUGCACGUCAAACUGAUCAACUUUGGUUUGACCAUGCCCACAAGCGAGACUGGGAGAUUGACGGUCCACCACGCGAUGUACAGGCCGCCAGAAGUCAUUUUAGGCUCUGGUUGGGACGAAGGCCUGGACGUGUGGUGCCUGGGACUCAUCAUGUCUUAUCUGUGGCUUGGGAUUAAUUUAUUCCCUGAUGUGGAGUAUGAGGCUCUGAGAGUGAUGCACAAACUCCUUGGUCCUCCUCCUGAGCACAUCCUCAAUAAAGGGAGUAAUACCAUCAACUUCUACCGAAGAAGUCGCAGCGGAUGGAACUUAAGGACUCGAGAGGACAUGAAGGCUUCUGUGAAUUAUGAAAUUAAAGAGGACGACGGUUCAGAAUCCUUCGAUUCCCUCACUCAACUGAUCACGGACUUUGUGAAGGAGGACAAAGUGAACACAGAACCAGCCUUAGACCUCCUCAAAAAGCUGUUGGACAUGGACAUGAACGACAGGAUUACUCCCAAACAAAUCCUGCAACACCCAGCCAUCUGUCAUGAACAAAAGGAUGACUUAACAAAUUCAGCUCACAGCGAGGAAGAGGAGGAGCACAUGCCUUUGAGUUGUUUGGAGAUCAAUGACAUUCUUCCUAAAGAAUACAAGGUCAUUAAGAUGAUGGCCAUUGGAAAGUUCGGGCAGUUUGUCAAAUGCAAAAACAAGAGCAUCAACAAGUUUGUGACAGUCAAGGUGCCGUAUUCCAACAACCGGACUCAGCACGAGGUCAGGCUGCUCCAGAAGAUCACAAACUCUGGGAUGGAUCAUCAAAAUAUUGUCACAUUCGUAGACUCGAUCCAAACCAGUUAUGGAAAGGUUCUGGUGAUGGAAUGUCUUGACAUGAAUCUGUCUGCCUACAUCGACAAGCGCUACCCUCUACCACUGGGACACAUCCGGAGCAUUGUGAAGCAGACGGUCAAUGCGUUACAAGUCCUGGAGUGUAUAAAGGCUAUCCACACUGGGGUCACAGCAGAAAACAUCUUCAUCUGCAGUCUGUUCGCACAAACUCCCACAAUCAAACUGGCUGAUUUUGGUUCUGUGGUUCGGACAAAGAAGGCCAAGGCAGGCAUGAGGGUGCAGCAGCUCGCAUACAGAGCUCCUGAAGUCAUCCUGGGACUCCCUUUCAAUCAGUCCAUAGACAUCUGGUCCUUAGGCUGUACUUUGGUUCAAAUGGUCACCAGAGUUCAAAUGUUUUCCAACGAGAGUGAAUUCAAAAAUAUGGAGACUAUGGUCAAACUGCUUGGACUGCCAAACUCCUGUGAUCUGGACGAAGGUCUUAGAACAAGAGAGUUCUUCAAACGUGUUGGAGGUGGAUGGGCGCUGAAGACUCUCGAGGAGUUCGAAGACUUUCCCAAUUUUCGUUCGGCUUUGACACAUCUAUACUUUGAAAGAUGUCCUUCAGAGACCGAACUAGUCCCGUUCUACAUGAAGUACCCUAAAGAGCUGACUGAAUGCUUGGACCUGGCCGAGAGCAUGCUCUAUCUUGAAGAAUCUGACAGAAUCACUGCUGCUGAAAUUAUGGAACAUGACUUUAUCAUGUGA